AGCGUAUUCUGCACCUCCAUCCAAGCAGCAACACGUUAUCGUAACCGGGCAUUUUCACACUGCUGCAACGAUCGCGCUGAUAAGACAGUAGGCUGUUUAGACGAUGUUGUGAUAAUGUCGCUUUUCAGCCGCAUGUGGUCGAAGAAGCCGCUUUUCGGCCGCACAUGGAAGCCACUCGCAUUCCCCAGUAAGGGUUUCGUCCCUAUUUCAGCAGACAAGAAGGUCGAAGAGGAGACCCUUCCAGACUAUGUUGCUUCCCGGUACUAUCCUGUCCGAAUCGGCGAAAUUUUGCGGGAACGCUAUCAAGUCGUGGGGAAGUUAGGGUAUGGAGCCACCUCAACAGUGUGGCUAGCACGGGACCUGAGCGAAUGCCGCCACGUUGCUCUCAAACUCUUCAUCCAUUCCGAAUCCAUGGGGAGUGAGCUGGACAACGAGCUCAACAUUUAUAAGCGCGUCGAGAAUGCUUCGGGUGCGGCAACCAGUGGUAUCUUCAAGGACCACCCGGGCCGUACUGCCGUCCGUUCGCUACUCGACUCAUUCGACGUCAAUGGGCCCAAAGGGCAGCACCGGUGCCUCGUUCACCAGCCGCUCUGGGAGAACAUACUUGGUAUCAAGCAUCGUAACCCUGUGCGGAGACUGCCCGAGCCAGUUGUGGCUUUUACACUUAAGCGCCUUUUCCAUGCCCUAGACUUUCUGCACAAAGAAUGCCACGUUGCGCAUAUCGAUAUCAAGGAGGCUAACAUAAUGCUCCCAGCAGAUAAUUCUGUGCUUGAAGAGUUUGAACAGGAGGAGCUUACAGAACCUUGCCCAAGGAAAGAGCUGUAUGGGGGAAUUAUUUACCUUUCCCGUGAGCUUAACAUGCCAAAAGACUUCUAUGCGCCUAUACUGUGUGAUUUUGGCUCAGCUGUACCUCUAGAUGACGGGGUCGAGCACCGGGAAGAUAUCCAGCCUAAUGUCUAUCGAGCACCGGAAAUUAUCCUAGAUAUUCCAUGGACGUAUAGCGUUGAUAUAUGGAACGUGGGAUGCAUGGUCUGGGACGCCUUCCAGGGUGAGCACUUGUUCACCGGCAACGACCCGGAACUCCAAACAUACCGGGGCCGAGCCUAUCUCGCCGAAAUGAUAGUCCUUCUCGGUCCACCGCCGCCGAGCCUUCUUGCCAGGGCGAACCUAAGGAGCAAGUUCUUUUCUGAUGCUGGUGAGUUUUGCGCGGGGAUUCCCAUUCCAGAUCCGACUCCGCUUGAGCGCAGGGAAACGUCUCUUGAAGGGGAAGACAGGGAGUGCUUCCUACGCUUUAUGCGGAAGAUGCUACAGUGGGAGCCAGAAAAGCGCUGCUCCGCUGGAGAGCUAGCAGAGGACGAGUGGAUCCUCAAGCACUCUACGUAAGGGCAGCGAAGAGACGGAUGUUGUUGCUGUUUUCGGCGAAAACCCUAGGCUGCACGGGCUUGCGCUGAGCGAACAAGCGAGACUUCUACAUAUGUUGAAGUAUUGUGUUGCAAUCUUUCUCGUGCAAGAGGUUGUACUGGCCAUCGCAACACCAGAUCAUUUUGCAGCUUCGCUAUCGACAGCUCGAUUGUAGGGAUGCUGCCAAAAGGACGGAAUGUAACGAGGCCCAGAAUUCCAGAG